AUGCCUCUACCCGUCAGGCCAUCGGCCUACACCUGUGCACGCUGCUUUCUGCUUUCCAAUGCUAGGCGCACCUUCUCCGUCUCACCCGCCGCACGAGUCGCACCGAGGCGCACUCAGGACUUCAACUCCGGCUUCACGAGCAGCUAUGAUCCGUCUACCGAGACCGGCCGAGGUCCCAUGUUCAACAAGAACAAGUUCGGCGUUCCGCAGUUCUAUCCCCGAGACCUCAAGAAGCGCGUCGACGAUUACGUAGUCGGACAAGACCGAGCAAAGAAGACGAUAUGUUCUACCAUCUUCAACCACUACCAGGGUGUUCGAAGAAGGACGAACCAGGACCAUGAAGAGAGGGUUCAGAGGGAAAAGGCCGAAAGACAGCGAUAUGCUCGGGAUAGGGAUUUGCCCGAGAGGCGGGACGUUCAUCCCGUCCAAGGUCAGCGCAGUCGCUACUCGCCCUUCCAGCGCUAUCGUGCUGAUGAAGAAUGGCCGCAAGAUGAGUUCCCUGGCCAUGCUGAAUCUGUACAGCACAUGGACGAAGGUUACAGUUCGCCGACCGGCUUCGACGGCUCUUACCUGGUCGAGGAGCCCAUAACCCCGCCUCAGGUCAAGAUUGACAAGAGCAACCUCCUCCUCAUCGGUCCUACCGGUGUUGGCAAGACCUAUAUUUUAGAGACUCUAAGUAAGAAGCUUAACGUGCCUUUUACGAUAGCCGACUGCAACUCGUUCACCCAAGCCGGUUACAUUGGGCAGGAUGUAGAGACGUGCAUAGAACGAUUGUUGAUCGAAGCGAAUUACGACAUCAAGGCGACCGAGCAUGGCAUUGUCGUUCUGGACGAGUUCGAUAAGCUGGCCAAACGGGACAGCAUGAACGGCCGAGAUGUUGGUGGAGAAGGCGUCCAGCAAGCUCUCCUGAAGCUGGUUGAGGGCUCCAAGGUGACCGUCAACGUCAAAGACAACAGGUCAUCGAGGUCCGCUUCACCUAUCACGACGAACUACACAUCUUCAAGUUCAACGUCGGCCCCGCAGUCCACUCCACCGCAGGGCAAGGUCGAUCAAUACACGAUCGACACCACAAAUAUUCUAUUCGUCUUUUGUGGCGCAUUUGUUGGUCUCGACAAGGUAGUUGUACGAAGAGUGUCGAAGCCCUCGAUGGGUUUCGGCUCCGAGUUGCGAGCUUCACAAGGCCUUGGCAACACCCAUGCCAUUCCACGCCAGUUGUUCUCGCACCUACCGCACGUCGACGCGGAGGCUCCGGCGUCUUCGUAUACACCACUCGAUCUGACAACGCCUGUGGAUUUACAGGCUUUCGGGUUCAUUCCUGAACUGAUCGGCCGAGUGCACAAUAUCUGCGCUCUCAGCCCGUUGUCCCUAGAUGACCUAUUUAGGAUUUUGACGGAACCGCGCAACAGUCUCGUUGCGCAGUAUACCGCUCUGUUCGAAACAUAUCCUUCACGCUUACACUUUACCAGAAAAGCAUUGUACGCUAUUGCUGAGAGGGCUGCCAAGUCUGAGACUGGCGCUCGCGGCCUCAAAAUGGAAAUGGAGAGGGUUCUGGCUGAGCCCAUUUUCGACGCCCCCAUGCCGUAUGUAUUGAUCACCGAAGCCUGUGUUAAAGGUUCCCAGAAGGCAGAUUACUGGGGUAAAGACGGAAGACUGGAGGUUGAGCGUCGAAUGGCUGAGGAAGAUGUGGACAAUGCGCCACAUACUCCAGAGGUGACUUUCGAGCAGUACCGAGAAGCUGGCCAGAGCGGCGCUUGA